UGUACUGGCCACUGCCUACUGAGUUCUCAUAAUAUCGAAUUUGUCAGAAACCAAGCUUGUGGCUAUGAAGUGGCUCUUAAAUUUUAUUUGAAAUAAUUGUGACAUUUCUACGAAAUUUCAUAUUGGAAGAAGGCUUUGCUUGACCGUGAAGUGUUGAAAGACUAUAAACCAUGGACAUAGAACGUUUAAAGAAUGACGCAAAACUUGUCCUUUGUCGAAAGUAUUAUUAUGCUGGAUUUGCUUUCUUACCGUUUUUAUGGACCAUUAAUGCUGUUUGGUUCUUUCGAGAAGCAUUUCACAAACCUGAAUUUGAUGAACAACCUCAAAUCAAACAAUAUGUAGUUCGAUCAGGAAUUGGGGCAUUUCUCUGGAUGAUGAUUUUCAUUGGUUGGACCUGUGUCUUCCAAAGUAACAGAGCUGCCUGGGGAGAACUUGGGGACCAGCUAUCAUUUGUGAUUCCAAGGGGCAUACCAUAGUUUAUUAAAUAUGACAUGUUGUGUUGCCCACUUCUGUGUUGGUGAAGUUCACACAUAAAUUUCCACUGGCAUCUGAAGUAGUAGCAUGCUUUAAUGACUAAAAUUUUUGAAAAGGAAGAACAGUUUUGUUCACAUGUCACUUCUUGUAACUGAAUAAGAACAUUCUGGUUGGUAUCUAUUCUCAAAAGAAUAUAUAUUUCUAUAGGGCUUUUCCCCCCUA